AAAUCGUGAUCAACCACCGCGGAAGAUCAUAUGGAUCAAUAUUCCAAGCGAUCUUCUUGAGACCUUGUCCUUACGAUUUACCUAGUUAGGAGGCUUGCUUCAAAUAAAGCAUGUUCACGACGCAAAUUUUCCUUUGAGCAGGCGACCUGCAUCUCUAUGUAUAGCCUUUCCACGACCACUUUCACGUUCACCGUAGACCACCGAGAGGACUUGCUUUUCGAUUGUUGCCAUCUAGUUUUUACACACCACCUCCUUUUUUGCGACUAGGAAAACGAAAACACCGCUUCACACUUCGUUGCCGCGAUAAAAUGUCGAAGAAGUAUUUCGAGAAGCUGGCGAAGAACUCGGCCACGAGUUCGAAGGAGUAUGAGUCCGAGUUUGGUCUGAAGAUUCUGCAGAAAUUCGGUUGGUCCAAGGGCAAGGGCCUCGGAGCGAAUCUCGAUGGGUCGACGAAGUGCAUUCAAAUUCAGCGACGGGAGGAGGGUGUUGGUCUCGGUGGCGAGAAGGCAAAAACGGACGGAGAUGAGAAGCAAUGGGACAACUGGUGGUCAAGCGCGUACAACUCCGUCGCCGGAAAAUUAGGCCAAGUUGGCGCCGGGUACACUUUUUUUUUGUCGAAACUGAUAUAAUUUUGCAUGUGCAGGUCAAUCGUAGUACUUGGUCACGGUGCAACAUAAGUAUGUGCGUCCUCGGUGGUAGAUUCAUUUCCAUGAAGCGUAGAAGUACCACCUGCUACACUUUCUAGAGUCUUUUUUUUGUCUACUUGUGAAUUUCAAAUUAUCGAAAACAGAACAUCUCCGGAAGCGAAGACCAACGAGGGCGAUUCCUCCAGCGACUCGGACGAAUCCUCGUCGGACCGAGAGGGUCCGGUCAAGGGUGUUUCCGCUAUCAAAGGCGCACGAGUAAUGCGUGGUAAGCUUGCCCGCGUCUGCCGCAUGGAUCAAAAACCCGCUUCUGCUGGAAGCAGUACAACUACAGGCACACAAGACCCUGCAGUGCCCCCGGCAGCAAAAGAACAGAAAGCUUCGUUACCAAAUUGGCUGGUGCAGUUGCGAAAAUUUCGAGACGAGCAAAUUGCGAAGCUGAAAUCGGCAGUGGGGGCAACUGAGCAAACGGAAAAGGCUUCCGUAGCUGGAUCAACGACGUCGGAGAAACAAGCGCCUAGCGCCACGGAAAAGCAAGAGAAGAAGAAGAAGAAAAAGACUUCAGGGGAAGCAUCUUCUACCACCGCUGCACCAAUAAAGGACGCGACUUCUACGGUAGGGCAAGCGGAGGUGGUCAACACCGAAGCUCAGCAAUCGGAAAUCACGACGAAAGAAGCAAAGAAAAACAAAAAGCGAAAAGCAGAAGUUGCGGAGGAAUUACAAAAGCCGGCUGUCACCGACGAAAGCAAUAACGAAGGAGAAAUCGUUGCUGAGCCCCCCAAGAAAAAAAAGAAGAAAAACAAAUCUGAUUAGAUCUUCGGAAAUACAACGUUUUUGGAGGCUUCACGCAAAAAUCCAACGCUUAUGAUGUAUUUGCGGGUGUCACGCCCAUACGACUUUUGCUACGCACCCACGUGAAAUAUAAUUUUCCAAGC